AAAGCUUGAAGAGAGCAGAGCUUAGUUAGAUAGAACUUAGAACAUUCAGAUUUUAGAGAGAGAGAGAGAGAAUCUGAGGAGAAAAGGAAGCCAUGGACGAGCAAGAGUUUCGCAGCCGUCUCCAACUCUUCCCCGUUGUGCGCUCUGGCGACUACCGUGCUGAUUUAGAUUCAUCAAUUUCAAAGCAAUCAACUUCACUCUCAGUUGUUGAGCGAGAUUUACAAUCUGAGGAGGUAAAUGAAUGGCACGAUGCAACCAGUGUUGCUGAUCCGGAAAACUUAAAAGAUCGGAAGACCAAUCAAGAUACGUUCUGGGAUAAGCUGAAAGCGGCUGCUGAGAAGAAGGUUGGUAAGGUUGAAGCAGAGAGAUUUUGCAAGGCUUUCGAGAAACUUCACAAGAAACUUGUAUGUUUCACACCAGGCAUUAUCUUCUUAAGACGUUUUCUGCAUAUAGGUGUAUGAAGAGCUGGAUCCAGAAGCUGCAAAGCGAUACUUAUUAAACUCUUAAAAAAUUCAUGUCUUCAUUUUUACUAUAUGCUUCCAAAGGUUUGAUUUGCGUAGAGAUACUUCAUUUCUCUUUUUUUUUUUUGCUUUUUAAUUAUCGCAAUUAGGUAUGAGUGGUCAAAAAUCUCGUCUCGUGUUCAUCUAAUCAUGAUUCUCAUCUUAUAUGGUAGAGAAAAGUUCUGUUUGUGACAUGA